AUGCAGCCUAUAAAGAAGAUUAAGAUGGUUUUGGAUAAAGAAGAGAUGGAAGAUCCUUUGGCUUGUGCCUUGACUGUUCCGGAAAUGAUUGAGGCGGCCGCGGGACAGGAAAUUGAAUCGAAGUAUCUUCCUAUUUUGGAAACUCUUAUCUUAUGUAUGCAAACAAAGGAAUGUGUUAAGUUAUGGAUGUACGGUCCUAAACGUAUCUCUCAACAUAUCUUGGCAGUAGUAGCAGGUGAAUCGGCUUUGAAUGUGGAAGUAUUUAGACGGCGAUUACAGUACGACCCGAACUCUCUUUACGUCUUUGAUUUGAAUGAGACUGGGCAGGUAGCAGUUCGAUCGAUGUUGUAUAAGAUACUGGAGAAUACUAAUCCAGUGGCUAUUCGUGGGUGUAAGUUUGCUUUUCUGAUUCCGACUUUGACCGAUAUUGCUAAGUUGGAUAAGCGGAUUAUUAGUCGGAUGGAUGGAGUUAAGGUCUAUGUGCAGGAGUUUGCGGAGGAGGACUACUUAAAGGUCUUUAGUCGGGUGAUUGAACGAAUGAAAGGUCGGUAUUUAGAGGAGAAGGAGAAUAGAGGGAGGAUUAAUAAGCCGCGGCGGAUUGGUGAGGUGAUUAAUGUUAUUCAAGAUGUAGUUGAUUUUAGUGGGAAUGCUUCGGUAGUGUGUGAUUUGCCUCCUUUAGUGGUGGAGGAAGAAUCGGGGUUUGAGUUUGAUUUUGCUACUAUUGAUCGGGAGUUAGUAGAUAUGAUUAGGCAGGCAUAUUUAGUAGAUAAUACGUUUGAUGGGAUGGUUAUUAAGUUUUACAAACUGAUCUAUCGGGUGGAAGAUCCUCAGCCCUACUCUAUACUUAAUCCUAUUCAUUUGGUGAUUGCUCUUACUUCUACGGCUAAACGAACGACUUUGAGUUGUGUUUAUGAGGAGUUUGUGCGACGUACGGCUGGAAUUCCUUACUUUCGACAGGCUAGUCAGGAUAUUGUGCAUCGGCGGAUGAUUGAUUUAUUGGAUCUUGGGAUUGUUUCACGUGGGUAUUUCCAGCAAAAUACAGCUGAUCUGGAAAGUGCUGUUCAUAGUCGCUCAGAAGUUUAUCUUAAAGUUAUGCUUGAACGGGUCAAAAGACAUUGGAAGGAUAUUCCUGGGUAG